AUGGUCAACUGCGACCUCGGCCCGAAUGCGGAGUGGGUGCAUUACUGCUCGUCUGGAGAUGGUGACCAACCGUGUUGCGCGAGCCUGGAAGAUUGCAAGCAUCGCACAGUGGUUGCUUGCAUCAAUUGCAUGUUCGGCAAGGCCGGCCCGAUCCCAGGCGAGAGCCGAUGGACUCAUCUAUUGCCAAAUUUUCGCAUGCUGUGUUUGCGACGUGUCGUCUUCAACGUUGGUCUGGAGUGUUUCGACGUCUCGGUUGGGGACCUGCCUGACACCGUGGAUGGCCAGACGACAGUCGACAUGGAGGCAACCGACGACUACCAAAAGAAGCUCAAGCAGUCCCGCGUCAAGAAGACUGCCGAGUACUACAACAACGGUGAACACAUGAUGGAGCUCCCGAUACUUACCGUGCUGGUUGGCAUCUACGACUUCCACUUGCUGUACCCGAUGCUGGGCGACCCCACGAAUGUGACAAACGAGAUGGGCGAGAAGGGCAAGGCGAGCAAGCUGGACAAGCUGUUGCGCAAGAACACGAGCCUCAUAGGUCAGUGCUCCGAGAGGCGUUACGAAACGAAGUAUUCGUCCAAGCCUUACGACAUGCACGUUCUAUCGCUUAGUACUACCACUGCAGAGCAGAAAGCGCCUUGCAUCGAGCACCUACUGGCUGCCGACGGCGACGAGCUGGACCUGUACAGCCGCGGAAUCCGCAAACUGUUUACUAAGGAGGAGUUGGGGUCGAAGGAGUGCGAGUCCCUUCUCAGGUCAUAUUUCAUGACGCACGCUUUCAGCACUGACGUGAUUGAGAGGCUGAACUCUGAGAUCACCCAUGGCGUGCCUAAGCGAGCUCCAGCGACCAAUUUCACUCAAGCGGCGAGGAGGAACCUUCUGAGCCAAGCGGCCGCGAUUCAUGUCUCAAACGGUGGGCGGCAUCCAACGAGACCCAUCAACAAGCCACUUACUUCGAGCAUGGAGGAGAUCGAGCGCCCACUGUUGCUGUGCGACCCCUCUGACGCAGUGGAGUGCGUCAUGGCACAAGCCGCCACCGACUCGGCCCUUGUCCAUCCCGAGCUGGCGGGUUCAUCGGCUGCGGCGGCGCUGCCAGCUGGCCCAGGCGCCGCGGCGCAGGUGUCCGAGGAUGGCGUCGCUGUCGUUCCUGUCGGGGACCAAGGCGGACCAAUCUUCCCACCUUGUCGAACGGUAUCGGAGUGCAUCGACGUCCUUCCGCACGAGAACCCAAGUACUAAUAGUACUGGCAGGUUUGCACCUGGCCUCAACCCUUACUUGUUGGAGAAGAACCAGUGGCUGCGUGCUGCGAGGGCGCUGAGAGACUCUCCGAUGACCGAUGAGGAGGUGAAACAGGUGACGGAGGAAUUCCAUGUCUUCUGGGAGAACGUCGCCGACAAAGAUUGCCACAACGAGGCGUACGACGAGUGGGUGCGAGAGAAGCAACAACAUCAUGAACGAGAGCGCCCCUACAAGUACGUGCAGCAGUGGGGGGGCGGGAGCUUCGUCUCGCCAAUCAGCAGCGACGAGUUCUGCAAGCACAUCAAGGGUUCAAAAGGUUGGCCAGGCGAUGCCGACGUCACCGACGCCAACCACGAGGAGGGCCUCGCCAAGGCAAACUACUUCGUGGAUUUCGGGCCUUCGAAGAGCACGAAUCUGUGGAGCCUCGGAGCUCGACCCCACAACGUGAACCCGAUGAAGGUCGCGGGGGGGAGGUUGAAGUUCACGCUGGUCGAGAAGGGCAUCAGCAACGUCAUUGCCAGGCUGAACAGGAUAAGUGAUAAGUUCAAAGUCGUGAACGCGCAGACGUCCGAUGAGUUUGUCCGCGAGUGCUGUGAGUUGUUCUCGGCGAUGGAGCUUUGCGAGGUGGAGUGGGGCCCCAUCGACGUGGACGGUACUCUUCUGUGGGUGGAGGUGAAGUCCGCGACCGCUCUCGGCACCUUGUGGAAGGAAGGCUUGCGCGUCCCACUGGGCAGCGCGGCCGCUAAGCGAAAGGACACCAGCGCCUCGACCUUCAAGAAAAUGAAGACGGACGACCCCCUGAACCCAUCCAGCGACACGGCGAAGACGUCGUCAUCGUGCGCCGCAUCGACCAAGGCUGCCAAUGGGAAAGUCGAUCCGACAAGUGCAUGCGGCCCGAUCGCAGCAGCAGUUACAGGAGGACCCGAAGGAGCAUUGGGCAGCGAUGCGGCCGUGGCUGCGUCGCUCGGCGCGGCAGGGGCCGCCGACGCAGGUGCCGACGAAGGCUUUCAGCUGGGUGCUUUGGACGGGGAGUUCGCGGUCGCUCUCGACGAGAUGGACGUGGCGGACCAGGAGGACGCAGAGAUCCAUGGCGGCGAUGACGACAUGACAGAGCUGCUCGACACCUGGGGCGGCAACCAAGAAGACCACCAUGACGAACGUCCAGACGAUGGCGAGAUCGACCUCGACGACCCCCAUCCUGCUCAUGUCGGGGCGCUUGCCAAGAUGUAUGAGGAGCUGUUCAAGUGGCUCUUCGGGGGCGACCCCAACAAUGACGGCGAUUCCAAGGACCAGAGGCGCGAGAAGGCGCGCAUCCACAUGGAUUCGGCCAGGAGCAGGUGGUAUGCGAAGAAGCCUGCUGCGAAGUGA